AAUGCAAGAUGUCAACAAGAGCAGUGAUGCGAUCCACUCGGAUCUCCAACAUCAAAUUCCACAGACCGCGCCUCUACUCUACUUUACCGCCGAAAGCACGACUAAACACUCCAACGGAUUUCGAGGCAACAACCCUGCUCAAUCACAACUCGAGGUCCGCGUUAGCCAGUAACGAGUUAUCCUCCGAAGCAAAAAAUGGCACUGCAACUCGGUUGAAUCUUUUCCAAGCCAUCAACUCGGCUCUUUCACAUGCACUCCGAACGGAUCCUCGGGUUUUGCUCUUUGGCGAGGAUGUGGCUUUCGGAGGAGUGUUCCGCUGCAGGUACAAGAUCAUAUUAAUGCAUGCCUUUCUGUGCAUUUGGCUAAGUUGUAGCGUANGCAUGAAUCUGGCCUCUGAAUUUGGAGAUGAUAGGGUUUUCAACACGCCUUUGACCGAACAAGGCAUUGUCGGUUUUGCGAUCGGAGCGGCCUUUGAAGGAAUGCGGCCUGUUGCUGAAGUCCAGUUCGCCGACUACGUGUAUCCUGCAUUUGACCAGUUGGUCAACGAAGCUGCGAAGGCGAGAUUUAGAGCGGGUGUGAAUGCUAAAGGACAGAGUUGUGGAGGUCUGGUGGUACGCAUGCCUUGCGGAGGUGUGGGACAUGAGUCACUUUUCACGCACAUACCUGGACUGCGUGUAGUGAUGCCUCGCGGACCCGCGCAGGCCAAAGGUCUGCUGCUCGCAGCGAUCGCAAGCAAUGAUCCUGUGGUGUUCAUGGAGCCAAAGAUACUCUACCGCGCAGCAGUGGAAUAUGUACCUGCCGAGGCGUACGAGAUCCCUCUGAGUAAAGCAGAGAUUGUCAAGCCAGGCAAGGACAUUACAAUCAUCAGCUAUGGAACCCCAUUGUACACAUGCUCGAAUGCCAUCGAGAAGGCAGAAGCAGACUUUGGCUGUCAGAUUGAGCUCAUCGACCUUCGCACCAUCUACCCUUGGGACCGACCUACAAUUAUUGAGAGUGUCAAGCGAACAGGGAAAGCGAUUGUGGUUCAUGAAAGUAUGACCAACUCUGGAGUUGGUGCUGAAGUGGCAGCAACCAUUCAAGAGCAAUGCUUCUUGAAUCUAGAGGCCCCUGUUGCCAGAGUCUGUGGAUGGAGCACACAUAUGGGCCUCAUCUAC